UAUGGAUAUACAUAUUUACUUGGAUAUAUUUAUUAAUUUCAAUUUAGUACUUAGAGCCUGUGAAUCUGUUUUAAUAGGUGAUGCAGUUGAUGAUACUAGUAGAUAUGUUCCACCGUCAUUUGUUGACCAGUGCCCACCGCAAGACCUUUCCAAAAGCUAUACGGUGCCGCCUGGUAGGAACUACGUCACUAUAAAGUGGACGGAACCCAUUGCGAUCGAUCAGUUUGGAAAACAGCUAAGGGUUGAGCAAGUACUGGGUGUGAAGAAUGGAGGUCAGUUUACUGGGUCGGUUAAUUUUGAACGGCAUCAUAUAGUAUAUAUAGCCACCGACAACAACGGUUUGAAGGACAACUGCUAUUUUGCUAUAGACGUUCAAAUUUCAGAAUGUCGUACUCUUGGUAUAAUUGACAACGGUCGGUACGGCUGCACUGAUGGUAGUUUUCCCGGAAGUUCAUGUUUACUUAACUGCAGUAAAGGAUAUAUAGUAAAUAAGACCGACAAUAUUACAUGCGAUUACACUCCAGAUUCUGUACAAGCAAACCCGACCUGGUCUGAUUCACGGCAGUGUGAAAUACUAAAUUGCAGUCAACCAACUGUACCAGAAAAUGCUGAUAUUUCUUGCACAAAUUCUGAUAGCAGUUACCUGAGUGUAUGUUUCAUUCAGUGUAGACAGGGAUACACGCCAAGUGGACCAUUAUAUAUGAUGUGUAUGGCUGACGGCACCUGGUCGAGGCCGACGCGUUGUCUCGCAAAUUUAGCUUUUGAACAACAGUGCAGCUCUCUGCAGUGCAAUGGACACACUUGCAUAUUGGGCGUUAAUCAGGAAAUACACUGUUAUUGCUUAAACGGUUGGUCUGGACAAACAUGUGAAAUACCACCUGAUUAUUGCAAGGAUAAUGUUUGCAUGAACAAUGCAAGUUGUCUCAAUCAUAACCUUGGGUAUAAUUGCACUUGUCCCCAGUAUUAUUCUGGAGUGCUUUGCCAAAUAUCUCCAGUGAACGGUAACUGGUCAGAUUGGACAGCGUGGUCUAGCUGUUCACGUUCGUGUGGUUCUGGGAAUCAAACACGUUUUCGACAGUGUGAUAGCCCUUCACCUGGCCCUGGUGGGAUACCUUGUGAGGGAGAUGAAUUUGACAGUAAACCGUGUAAUUUGAGCAAAUGUAAAGUCUGUCCACCUCUAAAACAAUACAAUAGUUCACGGUCCAACUAUAGCUGUGAAAUCUACGACAAUUACGGUCAAGUAAAGUGUCAGACAGUAUGUGAAAAUGGAACAAUAUUACUUCCCCAAUUCAAGCAAUUCGACGAAAUAUUUUGUGGUUGGCCUACAAACAACGGGUGGAUUCCAGGAAAUAUUCAACCCACCUGUGUAGCUCCAGUUCCUCCAAAAGGUCUAAGACUUGAAGCAAACAUCUCAUACGAAAAGCGUAUACCCAAUGAAAAGGAAGAUGCAUUUAAACAAGAAGUGUUGGAUCAUUUACGACCGACCGACUGCUUUACGACUACCAAGACAAGAUGCAGUGCAAGUUUAACCUUUUCAAGCAUCUUAAGUCAGACCAGUAACAUCAUAUAUAAAUUGACAGUAAAUUUUCAAAUUAUGCUAGAUGCAGUUAUACGAAAACGGUCCACAACUUUUGUUGUAACAGAUGACGAUUCAUCACUAGAAGAUGCAAGACGUGUCCUUGAAAUGACUGCUGAUUACGUUAAGAAUUUUACGGCUGACAUAUUUGAUAUUCGUCUUGGGGAGACAUAUUUUAUUGCAGAUAAAAAGUCCCUUACUAUGUCAAGAUUUAUUGAUUGCGGAGCUGGAAAGGUCCCUCAGAACGGUGCAUGUGUGACUUGUCCAAAGGGAUGUUACAUAACAAAGGACCAGUGCGAAAUUUGUGGAAAAGGUUUUUAUCAAGAAGAGUCAGGACAGACUGAAUGUAAACCAUGCCCUGUGGGUUAUACAACAUCUCUGCCAGGAGCCGUUUUCCCUUACGAGUGCUCAGAACCAGUAGUCAAUACCUUGGAUAAAACCAUGGAUAUUGUGACUAUAGUGGUAUCGGUAGUAACAUCAAUUGUGUCACUUAUAAUAGCUAUCCUUACAUUUGUUAAGAUGUGCAACAAAUGCAGAGACGAAAGAAAAACAGGUCCAGAUGUAAGUGAACAAUUUUUAUUUAAUUAUUUUUUCUAUUUCAUGACUUUCCACAAAUACAAAAUACAGUUAACUCGAGCCAACUAA